CACGCACGCAUUGCUAAGCGGAUUUCCGCGGCAUAUGCCUAGUUGGGUAUUCCGCUGUCGCGUUCUUUUGCCAUGCUCUUUCGUGCUUCUGGCCCAAGCUUCUCGUGGUCGUGCCUGCCCGCCAAUCGCAAGCUGUUCCCUCUUCUAUCGAACCCCACGAACCGUCUCCGCACUUUUGAGUCCUGACGUGUGUGACGAGCGUGACGAGCCGACAUCGCGCGGUUCAAUCUCCGGACGCGACCCAGCUCGACGUGCACUCUCUCUCCAUGCACGAGCUGCUGCUGUAUGGCCAGGUCCCCGCCGGUCGCCAUGAUCAGGUCCUGAAGAUUCUCGCGGGCGUUGCGGCCAUGCAGCCGCGCCGCAUGCUCCAGCGAUGCAUUGUCUACAAGCCCCAGCGCGAGCCUGAGGAGCCAGGCUUGAACCACCGCCGCGGGGGCACACAGGCGGUAGCUGCCAAACCCGCGCCCAAGCAGAAUAAGCCCACGGCCGUCACCACGACGCUCUACUACACCAAGCUGGUGCAGAAGCUGUCGCUCGACGAUUUUGGCGCUGCAGAUGGUGCCCAGCAGCCCGAGGCGACGUCGCUGUCUGCCCAUGUUGUCGAUGGCGAAGAGCCAGUGUGGUCGACGCUCUUCGAAGACCUCCCAGACACUAGCGACAGGGGCGUGUCGAUACGCUUCACCAACAGCACCGACGUUCUCUCGGGAGAUCCACAUGCAUACAUGCUUGCCUCGGGGCCGAAUCAAUUCGUGACCGAGUAUUACGUCCAAGGACACCGCUACGUCCACGGCAACGUCGUCAUCUCACUGCACCGCGUCCUCCACGAGCCCGGCGUCCGCAACCUACAACAAGCACCCAAGACAACCCUGCCGCCCUUUGCUGCCCUUGACCUCCUUGAUCCAAGCGGCGCAUAUGUACUCGAAGCGAAGGUGCGAGUGCAGGACUUCAACAACGCGACUGUCCUGGAGUCUGGUGUGAACGAGCUGAAGAGGUUUCAGACACAGAUGAAGGGCUGUGUGGAACUGUCGAUACCAGACAGACUUUCAUUGGACACUCGCGUCAGGUACAAGCCGCCUCAGGCUCCUCCAGCUACGUCAGCGAACACCCAAGCGCGUCCUCGUUGAGCUUGGUUUUGGAGAUUGUGAGCAGAAUUGAGGAGUUUGCAAGCCAGAUCUCGCGAUUGUGGACGAAUCAAACGACAGUAAGCUUCAAUGGCAAAAUCCAAGUAUUGUCCAAGGAUCGAGAGACGUGGGUGUUUACAAGGACCACGUGUGGAUGAGUGAAGCAUGGUAAUUAGGGUUUCUCUGUCGUAGCCAGUGCAGGUAUGCUCUGGAGUAACAAACAGAUGAAGCCUGAGUCGAAGGUCGAGGAAUAAGAUUCGGCAUGCGCGAACUUACGAACGCGUACGAGACGAGCUCGAGUUGCUUUAAGGAGAUUUGAAUGUGGCCUGCAUCUUGUAGAGGGCAUGUUUUAUACAUGUCGCCUGUUUGCUAGCUUGACAAAAAAUGAAGACUUGCUGCUCCAUUGGUAAUGUAUGCAGUAUUAGUGACAGAACUUCGAUUCAUGAACAAUUGGCCUUUGUGCACC